UAAUCGCGGCGCCUAAAGCCUAUUUUUACGCUAGUCCAAACAGCUAUCCAAGAGGUCACCAACUACCACGACUUUGCAAACAUCUUUCAACAACUUCGUCAUGUCUACAGCCUUUGUUACCGAAUGUGCCACACUAAAGCUCAAUGAGCAGUGCAGCCUGCCUGUCAUUAAAGACAUACUGGCAAAAUGCUUUACGAUACAAGAUGGUUGGAUCGCUGAGCACGACCCCUCCUUGGCUAAGGAUAACAGGCGCCAUACGAUAGUCUAUACCGACAAUGCUACAAAGCCGCAAGUGCUUUACUUUUUGGCAUCAUGGCACUCAGCCAAGCACCACUACGAAUGGAUAGCAACAGAGGAAAAUCGCCAGUGUGGUGAACUUCUCAAGCCAAUCCUGAGCUCGGAACCCGGCGCAGUUGCUCUGUUACAUCUGCAUUCAGCAAGCCGUGAGCCCUGCUUUGCCGAUAUAACGGGCGGCGAGGUGUGGCAUGUCACUAGAAUGUUAGUGCCUUCAGCAAAGAAAGCAGAGACGCAACAGCACUAUCAAGAGAUUGAAAGAAGCCAAGAGUCGCAAAGCUGCUGGGCAGGCUGGAAUGCCGAAUUACCACCAGAGCAAGACGAGUUUGUCGUUUUCCAGUCUUCCAAGUUAGCUGAAGAGACCUUCCGUGAAGUUUUGAGUUUAAACACCUCGUGCGAAAAGCUCACAAUCUUCGCGACAACCAUCUGAACGCCGUUGUUCCAACCCAUAGCCAAGAAAUCAAGUUCAAGAUAUAUCUCCCUGAGGC